AUGAAAAAUAUCAAUUCCCUUUAUGAAAUAAUUAAACAAAAAAGCCAAGACCUUACUGGCGGAGGAUUUCAAAAAGAAAGAAGCCAGGGCAAUAAAGAAAUAAAAAGUUACGCGGAAAGUUAUACUGGCAAGGAAGAAGAAAAAGCUGCUAUUGAGAAGUAUGAACAAGAAAAAUUAGAAAUGAAAGCGAGUCCUUAUAAUGCUUAUAAUGUAGGGAAACCAGGAAUGAUAGCUGCGAUAGGAAAAAUAACAAAACAAAAAAAAACUUUUGGUAAAUUUGCCAACGUCGAGUUAGAACUUACUCCAAUGGAGAAAAAAGGAAAAGUUGAUGGCAAAAUGGUUUCUACCAAUUUACGUUGA